AUGCAAGUCGUUACUGUUCUUACGUUCUGUGUAGUAGCAGUAUUUUUGCAAACAGCUCAGGCUGUUCCAACGUUGCAACGUGGAUUUCAGGGUGGUGAAUUUUAUCUUGAAGUUGAUCAAAAGUAUAAUUGGUUUGAAGCAUCACACGAAUGUGCUCGAAAAGGUUUGAGACUCGUUGAAGUCCGUGACGCCGCCAAGAACAAAGAAUUAUUGACUGCACUGGAAUCUUACAUUGGCAAUCCCAAGGACUUUUGGAUAGGAGCUAACGAUGAAUACAAUACAGCCAAGGAUCUAAAUCGUCCAUUCUACUGGUCAUCUGGUCAGCGUGUAACAUUCACUAACUGGGCAAAAGGCGAACCGAACAAUGCUGGUAGUAAUGAACACUGCGUACAUCAUCAUUUCCGUAGCAGAGAAGAAGGAGGAUAUGCAGUGGAUGUACGAGGCAGUACAUUGCAAACCUUCAGAAUGCCGAGUCAAAAGGAGACUGCGGCCAGGAAAAUGGCGGUGACGACGAGACAUUUAGCCAGUGAAGCUUCAAUUCUGAGCAUAGCGUCUGCAGAUGAAGGUAAUCCCAAGAACUUUUGGAUAGGUGCUAACGAUGAAUACAACACAGACAAAGAUCUAAAUCGUCCAUUCUACUGGUCAUCUGGUCAGCGUGUAAUAUUCAGUAAUUGGGCAAAAGGCGACCCGAACAAUGCUGGUAGUAACGAACACUGUGUACAUUUAUGGACUUUACAACGCGGUUUCCAAUGGAAUGAUAGGGCCUGUACCACUAAAUACGGAUUUAUUUGUGAGAAGCCAGUAUAA